ACACGUCUCCACUCUUAAUUCAAUCUAGCUCCAACAUCAUUACUAGUUUUGAUUAUAUACCACACUACACAUAGUCUCUCAAUACAAAGAACGUUAUUCUCAGCAGUAGAUACGUGUCAAUAGAAACAAUUAAAUAAAUCCCUCGCUUUCAGUUGAUAAGGAUUUUACAGCCCAGAACUGGCUUCGCACACAAUGUACGACUUUAUGGAGUACUGUCUCCGGCGGUACUAUCGUGCCUCUGGCUGGAACGAAGAUAAUCAAUACUCUCAUCUUUGUGCAACCACGCGAGCAUUAUUGGAUUUCCAAGCACCACAGGGAUUGUCAUUACGUCUGUCAAAACUUCCUAGUACUGUGUUCAAAACCACCACUACAAUGAAUGCGCUUCCGAUCCUGGAGGGUUCACUGGGCUAUCUGUUUACUUCCAGGGCAUUGCCAAUCGACGACUCUGCUUCAGUUCGAUUUCGACAUUUAGUUGACCGAUUCCGGAUUAUCUGCUUGGAUCACUCCAUCCGCGAAGCAGAUCAAUGGACAGAGCUUGACCAGGAUGGGAAGAAACGGAAAGACUAUUUGCUUUGUGGACGGAUUAAUUUGGCGAACGCAAGAUUGGAGGCAUUGUAUAGUCGGCGCAUUUCAAAACAUAGACAGUAUGUCAUUUCAGGAAUCAGUGAUCCAGCAUCCAGGAGCGCAUCUCAUCUUUCAGCACAGUAUCAGUACGAUAAGGGCAAAUAUUGUGCAGAAAUGUCAUUUACAACGGAUGAUGGAUUGAUCGGCAUUCGCGGGUUGUAUAACUUUGGCAAGGAUUUUGAUGACUCUUAUGAAAGCAUGCUUCAGGAGAGCCGCCUUCGUCGACACCGGCAGCUACAGCAGGAAGAAUGCAUAGAAAAGGUAUUACUAGAAAAUCAGGACAGUAGCUCUGUUAAACCUGAACAGCAGUCUGAGGAUUCUACGCUAGCUACUAGUUCCACAUCGAGAUCAUCAUCACCAUUAUCUAAAUCAACUGUAAUACCGACAUCAGACCUUUCAAGGGACCCCAACAGUGAUAUUAGUAGUAAGGUUGAUUCAAGCCGUGCGGGGUACUUGGAUGAGGAGAUGCCCGAGGAAUGGAUAGUACCAUCAGAAAGGAUCCGAGGGUACUGGUCAGUUGGUGCUGAGCUUUACUACAGUGCAACCGAAAAACUUGGAGGAUUUUCAACAGGGUUACGUUACAGGACGCUUCCCCCACUGGCGCCCGCUGAUAUAUCAUCAGAAAACCCUACAACGCUACAUUACCCAACAUCCACCGCUCCAGAACAACACCAAAACUACGUUCCUAUUACUAUUACUCAAACAUUAAAUCCAAUCAUGGGCCAUGUCUCCAGUAGCUACGCAGCUCAAGUCCAUCCAGAUUUGGGACUUUGUUCACGGUUUGAUUUCAAUCUCUACAGUUAUGAUAGUGAGCUGACCGCAGGAUUUGAAUGGUGGAUUCGUGAAAGCAAGAAAUCGUCCACAGCGGUUGUUGUUGCUGCUGCGCAAGAGAAAGAUGAUAUCCCAUUCCCGAAGACUGUGGGUAUGCCCGAUCUGCCCGCUACAGUAGCAACAACUGAGACGAAGGAAAAACAGCCUGUCAUUGGAGUGAUCAAGGCUCGAUUAGGCGUGCAAUCUGGUUUAGCCAUCAUGUGGGAAGGUCGAUUCAAUAAGCUAUUGUUCAGCCUCGGGUUUGUAGGACAUGUGUUUUCGCCUCAUACCCAAGAUCCUAUAGUCAAAACCGUAGGCCUUGAAAUUCAAUACUUUUCUUAGACAAUCAAACGC